AUGCUUACCUUGAUGUGUGUAGGUACUAGUUUAUUCUACCUAGAACUUCCAAUCAUGCAUUUCGGUUACUUUAUAUUACAUUUGUUUUCUAUUGCAAACAAAAAUAUUAUAAUAGAUUUUCUCACAUACAAACAUUUAAAUAAUAUAGUCAUUUUGCAUUGUAAUCGGCCAAGUGAUAUAAUAUACAUUCAGAAAUUGUUUUAUAAGAAGAAUAUUCAAGUAAAAACAUUAGAAAUUAGGAGCAAUAAUACAUCAUACCAAAUUAGUAGUAAUAAAUCUAAAGUUGGAAUAGUGCUGGAUACAUCAUGUGAUGGCUGGUCACAAAUUUUUACUAGUUUUGUGACUGAAAAUAUAUUUAAAACUUUUAUUUGGACAAUAAUGACUGAUAAUCUAUCAGCAACUGCUCAUGUACUAAAUCAGCAACCAAUAGAUAUUGAUUCAGAUGUGAUAAUUGCUUGUAGAAAUGGGGAAAUAUAUCGUCUUUAUGAAGUGUACAAUACGGGAUAUUAUUCUAAUGGGACCUAUAAAUUAAAUGAAGUAGGAUUUUGGGACAAUGAAAUUAUCAUUAAUAAAUCAUUCAGACGUGAUUUGAGCGGUGUUAUCUUGAAGUGCCCAGUGGUAAUAACGGAGAAGGUGGAGAAUGAAACUUAUGUUGAUUACUUAGUGAAGUCAAGGAAACCACACAUUGAUAGUUUGCACAAGCUGAAGUUUUUUACUAUGCUGUUGUAUUUGCAAGAUAUGUAUAGUUACAGUUACGAUUUCAAACGCGUUCUUUCCUGGGGUUACAACCGUAACGGUAGUUUUGACGGUCUGGUUGGAGCGCUACAGCGUCAGGAAGCAGAUCUGAGCGGUAGUAGUCUGUUCUUCAGAUCUGACCGAGCUGCUUUCAUAGAUUACAUCAUAGAGACGUGGACAUCCAGGCAAUGUUUUAUAUUUCGUCAUCCAAAACAUCCAGGAGCCUUUUAUACAAUUUACACGAGACCGUUGACUCCUGAAGUAUGGUAUUGUAUACUAGGCAUGCUGGUUGUAUCGGCUACCAUUUUGGGCCUGAUGUUUAAGUUAAAAACGCAAAGAACAAACGAUGCAGAAUCCUCAUUCAGUCUCGCCAUCUUGUUUUCGUGGAGUGCUAUAUGUCAACAAGGCAUGGGCAUACAAAGCCGUACCAUGAUGGUGUCGAUGAAGAUAACGAUACUGGUUAUAUUCGUGUAUGCUUUGACUUUAUACCAAUAUUACAAUGCGAUCGUCGUCUCGACGCUGCUACACGAGUCUCCCAAGAACAUUAGAACGCUGGAGGAUCUUUUGAAGAGUAACAUUAAGGCCGGCGUUGAAGAUGUUCUAUACACUAAGGAUUAUUUUACGCGUACAACAGACCCCAUAGCAUUAGAAAUGUAUAGCAAGAAAAUUGCUACCAAGAAUCACUACAACUUUUUCGAGCCAUCGUACGGCAUGGCACUCGUUAAACAGGGUGGCUUCGCUUUGCACGUGGACAGCGUGGUGGCUUACAGGAUAAUGAGAGAAACAUUCACAGAAAGAGAGAACUGCGAGCUUCAGGAGAUAGAAAUGUACCCGCCGCAGAAAAUGGGCGUGGCCGUUAAGAAAUGGUCCCCAUAUAAAGAACAGAUCACUUAUGGUAUUCGCAAGAUGUUUGAAUCUGGUAUCCUCCGCCGUCUGAAGUCCGUGUGGGACGUACCGAAGCCCCCAUGCGUGAGUACCCCAGACAGCAGCGUGUUCUCCGUGUCCUUGCGAGAAGUCUCCAUAGCCUUCAUCUGUCUCAUCGUGGGAGUUAUAUUAUCUGUGUUUGUACUUAUGUGCGAAAUACUUGUACAUAGAGUUAAUGGGAAACGCGUGGAAUUCAGAAAUUGAUUAUUUUUCAUAUAAAUUGUAGUGGCAUAUUGGCAGUAGUAUGUAAUAUUAUAUUAUCUGUGGCAGUAGCAUAACA